UAAGAUUACUAGGAGUUUAGCAGAGUCGCUUCGGGAAAAAGGUCAUGGAGCUCCAUUUUUUGGUGCUUGCGGUGCUCGGCGCCGUCGCAUUGUGUGGCCGUGCCGACAAGACGUGUGAGGAAUUAGGGUUCACUGGCCUCGCGCUUUGCUCCGACUGCGAUGCCUUCGCCGAAAUCGUCAAGGAUCAAGAGCUGGAAUUGGACUGUCGAAAAUGCUGCGCUGAAGAGAACGAGGAGUCGCUCAGCAAGCUUACUUUCUCUGGAGCUCGUUUGGAAGUUUGUAUGAGGAAGCUCAUGUUUUACCCCCACGUCCAGACCUUUAUCGAGAGCAAGCUGGAGAAAUUCCCGGCCGUCCAAGCUCAAUAUCGAUUCAAUGCGUCGCCCAAGCUCAUACUUCUUGACGAGGAUGGUAACGAGAAGGAAACAGUCAGGAUUGACAAUUGGAAAAUGGAGCAUAUCGAGCAGUUCUUAGAACAGAAAGUGAAACCGAAGCAUACCGAGAUCUAAUCCGGUGUCAAUUAGAAGACAUUUUUUGGUAAUGAGAUUUUCGACAGGAGUUCUCUGUGAAUCUAAAGCUGCGGUGAAACA